UAUUUGCUCGAUCGUCACUCUUCAUCAACUCACUAUAUAAUCUCAUGAUCUUAUUUCAAAAAUUUAAUAAUCCAAUCUCCACACAUUCAUACAAACUCACACACAUGGCAAAGCUGAAUAUUAAUUAUCCAAUUUUGGUUGUUUUCACUUUGUUGAUAGCCACACAAGUUAGCCCUAGAAAAUUAGGUGAUGAAGAAGAUGAGCUACGCCUCGAUUACAUCUGCCUUCACAAUCAAAAGCUAACCAAAAUCCACUUCUACGCCCACGACCUGACGGGGGGCCCGAACGGCACGGUGCACGAACUCGCACGCGCCGCCGUCUCCACGGACGAGCUGUUCUCGUUCGGGAAAAUGUACGUGGUGGACGACGCGCUCACCGCCGGGCCCGGCCGCGGCUCGGGGGACGUGGGGAGGUCCCAGGGUAUCUUUACCUCUGCCGACAUGAAGACGACGGCGAUGGCAAUGAACUUCAACAUCGUCUUCACGUCGGGGGAGUACAACGGGAGCACCCUCAGCAUUGCUGGCCGGAAUCAGGUGCAGGAGCGGCAGCGCCUCCUGGCUGUCGUCGGGGGAACCGGUGUGUUCCGGUUCACGCGAGGCCACGCCGUCACCGCCGCUUACUCAACCGCCGUCGGAGAGGAUUCUUCGCUCUAUCUUGUUAUCGAAUACUUUAUUUACACCACCUUUUGUCCCAUGAUGUGACGAAAGAAAAUGUGAGAGAUGGAUUGGUGGAAGAUGAGCUGAUCAAGAAUUUGAGAAUAAAUUUCUGUUGUUUAUAUUUGGGAUUUAUGUUGUGCAAUAAUAAAAUCAUAUGAAUGUCUGGUUUAAUUUAA